AUGGAGAGGAGUAAGAGUAGUGUUAGUAGUACUCUAAUACUAAUAAUUUUCUCAUUAGCAGUGAAUUUGGAUCUCUUUUCUCACUAUGCAAAAGCAGCUACGUCAAUCACUAAUCAAACUCUCGAUGAAGUUGAUUUGAAGCUGAAGCUUCUCAAUAAGCCUCCGCUUAAGACUAUCAAGAGUAGUGAUGGAGAUAUUAUAGACUGUAUUGAUAUGUAUAAACAGCCUGCUUUUGAUCAUCCAGCUUUGAAGAACCACACUAUUCAGAUGAAACCCAGCGAUUUUGAGACACAAACGACUGAAAACGACACCUCAAAAGCUGUCGUUUUUUCACAAACAUGGCAGAGAAACGGAGGUUUCUGCCCAGAAGGAACCAUUCCCAUUCGCAGAAUCCAAAGGAAAGACUUAGCCAGAGCCGACUCUCUCCGACGUUUCGGCCAAAAGAACCCUUAUCACGUUCUUAGCCAGGCAACGAACACCACCACACGAAACGACAGCCCGAAACCUGUCGUUUUGAAAAACGGCACCCGUUUCACUCAAGCACCUGUAUCCAAUCGUUCUGUGGCUAUGCUAGUGACACUUGGGUACAAUUACAUGGGAGCUCAAGGAAAUUUAAAUAUUUGGAACCCUUUUGUUGUAGCAGACGAGUACUCAACUGGUCAAAUCUGGCUUAAGGCUGGAAUUUCAGGCCUCUUUGAGAGCAUCGAAGCUGGUUGGGUGGUAAACCCAAAGUUAUAUGGUGAUACAGCCACAAGACUCUUCGUAUAUUGGACAAAAGAUCAGUAUGAAUCAACAGGUUGCUUUGACCUAACCUGCUCAGGUUUUGUUCAAACCAAUCCAAAGGUAGUUCUGGGCGGAACCCUCGAGCCUUGGUCAACAGAAAGGGGACCCCAGUACGAACUCCCGGUCACCAUUACACAGGAUGAGAACACAGGGAAUUGGUGGCUUAAAUUGGGACAGGAUGUGGGAGUAGGGUACUGGCCAGGGAGUCUGUUCGGGUAUUUGAAACAAAGCGCCAUAAUGGUGCAAUGGGGUGGGGAAGUGUACAGCCCAAACGUCAGGAAAAAGCCUCACACAACUACGGCCAUGGGCAGCGGUGAGGCAGCCAGCGCGCUCCAUGGGUUUGCCUCUUAUGUGAAAAACGUAAGAAUUAUGGACUAUUCGAUGUCGCUCAAGUACCCUGAAUGGGUGGACACUUGGGCCGAUGAGGACUACUGCUACUCGGCCUUGAAUCAGGUCAAGUAUGGGGUUGAGCCCACCUUUUAUUUUGGUGGCCCGGGCAAAAAUCCACUUUGUCCUUAG